AUGAAUUUCCAAUUUCUGCUAUCAGUGAUUAGUUGUGUAAUAUUCAGUGUUAAUGGUGCAAGAAUCUUGGUGUUAUUUCCGCAUCAAGCAAAAAGUCACUACAUCGUGUUCGAGCCAUUGUUGAAGAAACUUGCAGAAAAUGGUCAUCAGGUGGUGUCAGUGAACUUUUUCCCUCAGAAAACGUCUUUGCCUAAUUUUACAGAUAUUGAUAUAAGUUCGAGUCUACCAAGUUUGGUUGGCACCAAGACAGUGCCAAGCUCUUUUAAAGCAUUUAAAUGGGAAGUACUUAGGGGAGUGCUUAAUCGUGGUGUACCAUCAUGCGAUCCUGUGCUGAAUCAUCCGGCGUUGAAGAAGCUUCUGCGAUCGAAGGAAAAGUUCGACAUUUGCAUCAUCGAGCUCUUUGCCACUGAUUGUUUUCUUGGUAUCGUUCAUACUUUGAACAUACCGAUUGCAGUUGGAGCUACCAGCAGCGUUAUUCUACCAUGGACGAACGAGAUUAUGAGGAAUCCUGAAAUCCCUAGCUAUAUCCCGUACUGGAUGAACGGUUUAACGGAUCAGAUGAAUUUCUUUGAGAGAUCUAUUAACUUUGUGGAUUUUCUAGUCACCAAAUUUGCAUACAGAUACUUAUCAGAUAAGCCAGGUUACGAAAUUGCCAAAAGACAUUUCGGUGACGAUCUGCCCCACUUCGACACUCUAAGAUCGAGAAUAUCAUUGGUAUUAACAAACGGACAUGCAGCAGUUAGCACUCCGCGAGCCUUGGCGCCAGGAUUCAAGGAACUGGGUGGUAUGCACAUACUGUCAUCAAGUCCACCAUCGUUGCCGGAAGAUCUUCAGAAUUUUCUUGACUCGCACAGCAAAAACGGUGUUAUUUACUUUAGUCUAGGAUCGCAAAUAGACUCGUCCACCAUGCCGGAGCAGGCGUUAGCAGCUUUUUACAGAGCAUUCGAGCAAGUACCGCAGCAAAUACUAUGGAAGUGCACCGGAGGGAAAAUGCCCACGCUGCCCAAGAACGUUAAGUGCAUCGAAUGGGCGCCCCAGCUCUCCAUAUUGUGUCACCCGAAUGUGCGGCUAUUUAUUACACAUGGCGGAUUGCUAGGGACUCAAGAGGCAGUUUAUUGCGGGGUACCGAUUCUCGGUAUACCCCUGUUUGGAGAUCAGCACUUGAACAUGGCCUACUUCGUGAAAAAGGGGUUGGCUCUGAAGCUGGAUUACCGUCAACUUUCAUACGCGCCAGUAUCGAACGCUUUGAGCGAACUGCUCGUGAACAAGAGCUACACGGAUAUGGCACGAAAAGCUUCUUCGCAGUUCAAAGAUCGGCCAAUACCGCCUUUGGAUGAAGGAGUUUAUUGGAUAGAAUAUCUACUUCGUCAUGGACCAAAUUCUUUAAAAAUAACAGCUGCAGAGUUAACAUGGUAUCAAUAUCUAUUGUUGGAUGUUAUAUCUAUGAUGAUAAUCUCAAUUAUAUUUACAAUUUGGAUCGUUUAUAAAUUAUUUAAAUUAUUAUUUUGUCGAAGAAAAAUAGUGUCAGUAGACAUUAAUAAGAAACGAUCAUAA